AUGGGUGCGCCGGCGGGCGGCGGUAGGGGGCACCCGGCAGGCGGCGGGCCGGGCCCGAGGGGUGGCGGUCGGGGGCCCGGGCGGAUGGGUCCCCCGCCGGGAGAGCACCCGGAGAGGGGCAUGCCUCCGCACGGAGAGUACUACGACGGGGCCGAGAGGCCCUUGAGGAUGCGCAGGCGUGAGGCAAGACCGCCGCCGCAGGAUGACUACUACGACGACCAGUACGAAGACGCGGGCUACUACCCGCCGCGGGGCCCACGGCAGCCGGAGGAGCUUAUGCCGCAAGCCCGUCGUGCGAGCGACCCGUACUAUGAACAGCGCUCCCCCCCUCGUCGGGGACCACCUCCUGGGCACCAGCAACAGCAUCCGGAGAGAAUGCCGGAUAAGCGUCGGUACGAGGACACCUUCGAAGACGAGCCCAUGCGGGGCCCCCCGCUACGGAACCGACCCGACCCCCGAGAGUUUGCGGGACCCGGAGACGAACCUCGUCGCGGCGGCGGUUUCGACCCCCAACAGCACGACUUCUGUCAGGAGGAUCGGUAUGCUCAAGGCCCCCCUCGAGGCGGCGGUGGUCGCGGCCCCCCUCCGCCCAACAACGGCCAGGCUGAUCACUACCCGGGCGGGCCUCCGCAGCGCCCACGGAUGAUGAGAGACGGCCGCCCACCCCAAGAGGGCGGACCACCCCACGGUGUCCGCCCGGGUGGCGGCGACUACCCACCGGUGCAGGAUGGCCCCCCUCCUUCGCGAGGAGACCCCGGUUACUACGACGGCGGUGGGUCGUCGCGGGGCGGUGGCGGUGGCGGCCGCGGCGAGCUCCACCUCGGGGUUCCCCCCGGCGACCUCAGGAGGGGGUCCUCCACCGUGCGGCAGGGGCGGGUCGGAGUUGGCCCGCCACCUUCAGAGCACGGCCCUGGCCAAUUCGGCAGGGGCCCGCCCCGCAGGGAGCACUCAGGCUCUUUCGACGACGGGAUGACGAUAGGUGUCGGCGGUAGGGGCGCUGGAGGUAGGGGGCGCGGCCGUGGAGGGCCGGUUGAUGGCCGUGGCGGCGGGCGCGGGCGCGGGCCUGGUGUCGAUGGCCGCGGCCCUGGACUCGACGGCCGCGGCCCUGGACUCGACGGCCGCGGCCCUGGACUCGGCGGCCGCGGGCGCGGCGGCGGUCGCGGAGAAAUGGGCGGAAGGGGAGGAGAGGGAGCGGGCAGAGGCCAAGGGCGCCAAUCGCGUGCGGCUAGUAAGCCGGCGGGGGAAGCUACGGCAGGCGUAGGCAGUCGCGGCACGGACCCUUCUGCUGCCGCGUUGGACCUUGAAACGAUGGACAUCCCUCUUCUCAGCGACACGGAGGCCAAACCCCCGGUGCCGGUGAGGGCAAGACAACACCGGGCCUCGUGCUCGAGAACCAGCAGGAGACGGCCCCAUCUCGCAGCGCUGGGGGACGCCCCGCCGGCCCUGGGAAAUCCUCCGCCACCGAUGGGCAACGCCCGCGAAUGACGGAUCUGUCCGCUUACCAAGCCCCCACUGGUCCUGGCCCGAAAGAGACUCGACCCAGUGCCACCACAAGAUCGCACUUGUCCCCGUACCAUGGGCCCGCCACCACUCAGGCA